AUGAACGCCGGCCGAUAUUAUAGUAGCAAUAUUUCGGCCAUUGGGCUGCGAGCACGCGAGCCAGCACACGAGGAGGACGCGCUCCUUGAGCCUCCCAACGAGCACAUUUACCAUGAUACCGACCCAAGGCUGGUAAAUCUAGCAGCAACCCAAGAGCAAAGAGAAUCCAUCAGUACAAUAAACCCAGGCGAAGAUGAAGGGCCCCAUACCAAUGAGUCUACCAAGGGUUCGAGCCCGCUUUGCUACAAAUUCGCCAACAAAGCAAUGCUUGGUCAAUACAUUCCCGAGCUUGACGAGGCAUCACCGCGGUCCAAAACACGGAAGAACGAGGCAUCAAAAAGAGCGAAAAUGGUCCGAAACCAGUUGAUCACGGCAGUCGCUGUCAGUAUCACCAACAUAGUUGUGCUUGUUUGUUUCUCUGUUCUUUUCCCUCCAGACUCACUGGGUGUGGGGACCUUGCGCAUAGGUGACUGCACCGACAUUCGAACAAUCGAUAGUUCUGCACACGUCUUUCUCAAUAUCCUAUCAUCUCUUUUUCUGGGUGCCGGGAGCUAUUGCAUGCAGAUCUUGGUGGCUCCAUCCCGACGGGAAAUGGAUGCCGCACAUACUCGUGGAGUCUCGCUAGACAUUGGAGUACCGAGUCUGCGAAACCUGAAAUACAUAACAAGGGGCCGCAUUCUUCAGUGGCUUGGAUUGGGGACCGCUGACCUUGGGCGCGUGUUCACUUCCAGUUGGAACUCUGUCAUCUUCACUUCGACACCCGUUGUUAGCUAUGCCCGAGCCAUUCUUACAAGUGACUUCAGAGAGGCAGGUAGAGACUGGUCUCUAGACCCUUUGCCAGCGGUUCUUAACGGUAAGAACUGGGCCUCAGUGCAUGCUCUGUACGCUGAAAUGGACAACUUCACGCGACUGGACAAGCAAGGUUGCAUAGAUGCCUACAUCGAUCCGCUCACUUCCAAAGGUUCACUGGUUAUUGUCGCCGCCAAUAUCACAUCCGCUCAAAAUAACAACAACACUCUCCUCCACGGCUGGAAUACCGGUUGGGAUGUGUGGAGCCGAGCACCCUGGUGGAUCUGCGAAGCUUAUAACCGAGACGAGAUGACUUUGUUGUGUACUAGCGAGUGGGCAAACACACUGGUAGAUGAUUGGACGGUUUUUGCAUGGACACAACACAAGGAUCCGGGUUGGCCGUUCAGGGUCCAGGUCGAUUACUGCAUAGUCGGUGCUCAGAGCGACAUUAGUCAACAAUGCGGCUUGCACUAUGGAGUGCAAGUACUCGCUGUCGUGAGCGUGUGCACAUUGAUACAAUGCUUUCUCAUCUCCGUGGUCUGGUUGGCAUCUCGCUCGACCUCAGGACGAUCCAAAGUGGAAAGAACUAUGGUUUUGAUGGGUGAUGCCGUUGCGGAAUAUCUAGAGCAUCGCAGCGAUCUAUCAAACCACCGGUCUGUGUCCGUUUACCCACAAGUCUGGAACCCUCGGCAUCGGAUUUCGUGGUUCAAGAGUGUGAGCAAGAAGGUGUGGGCAGUAUCACUGUUAUUAUUCAUCAUCGGAAUACUCGCCCCUUUGGUAGUUCUCAUCCAAGCGGUGGUAUCAUGGAAGGCACGAGGCGUUGACUUAACUCCGCUAACCAUCGCCAAACAAGGCUUUGGCGUCAAUGCUGGCUUCCUCGGGAUGAACAGCGAGAAGGGAGACUACAGUCUAAUCACAUGCGUGUUCCUUGCCAACAUUGUCCAGCUUCUCGUCAGUUUCCUCUACCUUCUUUACAACAAUAUCUUGACACGCCAGCUUGUCGCCGACCAGUGGGUACGCUUUCUGAGACCAGAUGGGAAGAAGCCACUACGUGUGUCCUUGCCCAGUGGCAUGCAACGAUCGUCCUACAUACUCUCACUACCAUUGACCUACUCAAUUACACUGAUGAUUAUCAUGAUUGUCUUGCAUUGGCUCGUGUCUCAAAGCCUCUUUGUGGUUCAGACCAUCGGCUUCGACACUGCAGGCGAACUGGUGCAUUUUCCAUCCUUUAAUGGCUCAGCUGUUGGUUACUCACCGCUUGGAAUGGUCUUGGCAACCGCUUGUGGAGUCAUCAUGAUUUUGGGUCUACUUAUUAACUCCUUGGUGCGGGGGCAUGAGAACGUGCCAGCCGAAUUCCCAACCUGGGGAUCCAGCAGCGCGCAUAUCGAAGUUAUGUGCCAGAGACCAGAUCAGGAUAUUGAUGCCCACUUGUUUCCUUCUUCUACUUUUAAUAGCGAUGGCCUUCGGAGCUUCUUUAAGCAGUUUGCUGUGCUGGUGUCAAGUCCUGAAACCAAAGCCACGUCUGUCAUAUUUGAAGAAAUCGAUCAUCAGCAUGUGCAAAUCCACGCUAGAGAUGAAGAGCUGAAGAAAGCUCAAAAUGAAAUCCUCGAUCUGAAGGAGAAAAAGCGAGUCGCCAUUGGGGGAAUGUCCCCUUGGAUUCACGUUUAG